AUGGGGAAGGAAUUUGAGUGUGGUUAUGGAGCUGUCAACCCCAAAACUUUAAUGUCUGGUAAAGACCAAGAAAAUGAUUUUCUCGAGAAAAGUAUCCAUCACCACAGCCAACCCACAACCCAUCUUGAGCUUCAUCCAAAACACAAAAAAGUGCACUCAGAAACCGCUCACGUCCCUCAUGUGUUUGGUGGAAAUAAUUUGAAGCAAUCACGCGAUCAAACAUGUUUCGUCUUACACGUUCAACAAGAUUCAGUUAUGAAUCGAAAAAAAAUUAUGUUGAUGGCAGUUCAAAGCGAGAAUCGAAUUGAAUAUAAAAAAAUCAACUUCGUAUUAAAUUUACUGCAGAUGGGAUUUUCGAGUGUGAAGAAAAGAACAAGAAUAAUAAAAACAUAA